AUUUUGGUGACUGUAAAGUCAACUCUACAAUAGUUGUAAAACCAGUCCUUCUUGUUCAGCCUCUUAAAAAAGACACUGAAGUGAAAGAAGUGGAAGAACUUGAAUUUGAUGAGUCAGAGCCAGAGGUAGCCUGUAAACCAAGAACAAGGAAAAGAGUUAACACUUGGAGGUUGUUUCAACCCCAAGACAGAAACGUACUCAUCAUUGGAUCAUUUGGUGCUUUUUCAAAACAGUAUACUGUAGCUCCUAAGAUUGUUCCCAGCCACUUGAAAGGGGAGAAGUGGAUGAGCGACGAAAUUGAAAGAAUUGAAAACGUUUAUGAAAAGUACAACGAAAGGUUUGAGGUCUUUUUCUUGUCCUGUGGCUUUCCUGGAGAAGAAAAAUCUAGACAGGAUUACAUUGACAUGAUUAAAUCGUUAUUUUACAGCAAGAAACAUAAAGGAG